UUUGAUGAUCAACAAGUUUCUAAGGAAUAAGAUUUUUGUUGUUGUCUUAGGUUGCUUAUUUUUAACCUCUCUAGUAUGUAUGGUAACUAUGCGAACUAAACUUCCUUUCUUCAACCGAAUCUCAAAGUUAAAUAGAAUGUAUGUUAAUAGUAAGUUUGUCCAACGGCUGUUCACACUACCUCAAUCAAUACCUUAUACUAGGUGAUGUUUGUGGGUGAAAUGAAAAUGUGGACCUUGGCCGGACUCCAACAAACAACCACUGGGUUUCCGGGCUGAUGUUCUACCAACUCAGUUACUAGGUUCGACUCCUCACCAGGUUUUUAUUUCAUUUCAUCAGUCACUACCAUAGGAUUGGCCGGACUACCAUGUGAAUUCGUGAUACGUUGCUAUCGUUUCAUCGUACUCACUGGCUGACUGCAGUCAGGACUUGUCAUCCCAAUUCAAAUCUAAUUAAAUUAGAGAGGGAGCAUCAUUAUUGACUACUUGAAACCCGGUGGUUGUUUGUUUGAAUCCGGUCUGGGUCCAAAUGUUCAUUCCACCUUCUAUCAUCCAGUGUCAGUACUAGCCGGCUAAACUAUGGCUGCUAUCUCAGAGAGUCAAAAUGAUGAUCAUUAUCUUAUACCUAAAUACUUGGAUAUACAGGUACAUGAGUUUUGUCGUCAGGUAUGGUUGUCUACUGUGUAUAACUUACUGACUUUCAAAUUGUAACAAUGGUGGAUAGUUUCUAGCAGUGGAAUCUAUAACGAGCAGGAAUCAUUAUGUCAGUUGUGAUCGAUCACUUUGAUCCAAACAAAGAUGGGAAAUUACAAGCAAUAAGAAUUACAGCCUAUCGUAAAUAGUUACAUCUUGUGUGUAUAACAAACAACUGUCCCACAAUGAUCAAUCGUAUUUCCUCUUUAAAGUCUACUGGCUGUAUUGGUAUUAGUCAAGAUGCCCGUAUUCUCUAUCUCCCAUAUUCUGAGAGUAAAUAUAUACACCUGAAAAAGUACCUCAGCACGUUCAUUGUUCUUUAAAACAGAUGUCGACGUAGCGAUACUAUAGAGUAGUCUUAAUGUGGUAUGGGUAUGCAUCACAUGACAGACUGAGUAUACGUUGAACGAAGAUAUUUUAAAAUGAGGUUGAUAAAACCUUAUAGUAAUACAACUGCCGUCUUAUCUAUUGCAGUGUAGACUCUGAACGAUACUAAAUAGUGUACGAGUUCAUGAAACUACAUAGUUUUCCCUCUCCCCACUUUGGUCAUCAAAACGUGAGUUUAAGUCCAUGACUCAGAAGUUUAAAUUCGACUACGUAAGUCGAUGAGUCACAGUUUCACGUUCACCAUACAACUACUAAUCAUAACUCACAGUUAUAGCUGUUUUUGUAAAUAAGAACGUUUUUCUGUCAAUGUGAAGCUUACUUAACAUAUUUAUGUGUUAUUCUUUAGCAAAAAAAUGCCUAUGGAACAAUUAUUGGUUCAAUCUAUGGAUGAGCUCAUGAGUAAUAUUAAGACUGCUCAUCAAAAAGGACGUCUAGUGUUUGUUUACUUUUCUGGUUCAACGGAUAUGAAUACUGGUGAUAGCUGGUCUUCAGAUUGUUGUCAAUGUGAAUCUGUCCUGGAAACUGCGAUUCACGAUAUCAACAGUGAAGAUCUAUUUCUGAUGGUUGAAGUCGGUGAUAAAAUGAGUAAGAAAAUACGUUUUUUUUCACUAGUUUUCUUUCGAUGUUUAUGGGAAGAUGCCAACAAUAAAUUUCGUACGCAUUCAUUGUAUCAAGUGAAAGAACUUCCCACUUUGUUGGUAUUGACAUCGCUAAAUGGUCAAACUCAUAUCAAUAAUCGUCUUGAAGGCAAAGCAUGCUUAGAUUUGGGAAAUGUUAAAAAGUUGUUUGGAGGUAAUUAG